AUGGCUAAGAGACCUGCUACGGAAAAUGCCGCUGAGAAUGAGGGUCAAGCAUAUUCAAAAGUACCGGCAACGGGCAAUGACGCUCCCCGAAGGUCCAUUUCCAUAGAUGAGAUGGGCGAAUUCGAAGACGAAUGGGAGGAUGAGUUGGAGAGUGACGGAGAGGUCGUGGAUGGAGGCGAAAAUAACGAGGAUGAUGAUUCAAAAAUGGAGGUGGACGAGGACGUCACCCAGGCAGCUGAAGACGAAGACGAAGUUCCCGCAGCUCCAGAUGUCUAUUUACCUGGAUCCCAUAAACUCGCAGAGGAUGAAGUAUUGGAAGCGGACCAAUCAGUAUAUGAGAUGCUGCAUCAGAUGAAUGUGACCUGGCCGUGCUUAUCGUUCGACAUACUUCGUGACAAUCUCGGUGACAACCGACAAACAUAUCCUGCAACAUCUUAUGUCGUAACGGGAACCCAAGCGGACGUCUCAUCCAAAAAUGAGGUUGUGGUGAUGAAGAUGAGCCGUAUGUGCAAAACUCAAAAGGACGAUGCCGAUUCGGACGCUUCCGAUGACGAGGACGAUGAAGAAGAAGAGGACGCUAUUCUGGAAUACCGCUCUAUUCCUCAUCCAGGCGGAGUCAACCGCGUCCGGGCCCAGCCAAUUACUUCCCUGUCAUCCGUGACCACUCCGUACUAUGCAGCUACCUGGGCCGAAACUGGAAAAGUCCAUAUCUGGGAUAUAAGACCCCUCAUGGAAAGUCUGGAUGUUCCAGGGUAUACCCUCCAAAAAUCACAAGCAUCCAAACCUGUGCAUACAGUUAAUCAACACGGUCGUACCGAAGGUUUCGGGCUUGACUGGGGCACUCAAAUCGGAGGUGUACGGCUACUUUCUGGGGACCUUGAUGGGCGGAUUUUCCUGACAACUGCGACUCAGUCGGGCUUUACAACCGCCCAAGCACCCUUUACGAGUCAUACAGCGCCGGUCGAGGAUAUACAAUGGUCCCCAAGCGAAGCAACUGUAUUUUCAUCAUGUUCGUCAGACAAGAGCGUUCGGGUAUGGGAUGUUCGUGCCAAAGGCAAAAAGAGCGCGGCUCAGAUCCAAAAAGCGCACGAAAGCGACGUGAAUGUGAUGAGCUGGAACCGGGGGACCAGUUACUUGCUUGCAACCGGUGGAGAUGAAGGAGGGAUUAAGAUUUGGGACCUAAGGAACCUAAAGGAAGCGUCAUCGAAUCCUCCGUCACCUGUGGCCCAUUUUAGCUGGCACACAGCGCCCAUCACAUCGAUAGAAUGGCAUCCUUCUGAAGAUUCUAUCUUUUCGGCCUCUGGGUCUGAUGAUCAGGUUACGUUGUGGGACCUCUCGGUCGAACAGGACGAAGACGAAGUUGGAACGAAAGAAAUCCAUACUGCCAAUGGUCAAAAGCUUAAGGAUGUUCCAUCUCAGUUGUUAUUCGUUCAUCAAGGUCAGUCGGAUGUGAAGGAGAUUCACUGGCAUCCCCAAAUUCCAGGAUGUCUCAUUAGCACCGCAUAUACUGGGUUCAACGUCUUCAAAACUAUUUCCGUUUGA